AUGGACAAGUACGGCAACGACAUCGAGUCGGAGCACUCCGACUCGGGCAACGAGUCUCCCGAUGAGGAGGAGCUCGUGGGUGAGGAGAUUACGACAGAGAAGCCUCUGAAGUCCGCGAUGAAGAAGUCUGCCGCGCCGGCGCAGGCUCCCGUGCAAAGACCGACCCUGCCCCCGCAGACCGAUGCGAAGGACCUCGACCUGAGCACGCUCACCCCCCUUACCCCAGAGAUUAUCGCCCGCCAGGCGACCAUCAACAUUGGCACAAUCGGCCACGUCGCCCACGGCAAGUCGACUGUCGUCAAGGCCAUCUCCGGCGUCCAGACCGUCCGCUUCAAGAACGAGCUGAUUCGCAACAUUACCAUCAAGCUUGGUUACGCAAACGCCAAGAUCUACAAGUGCGACAACGCCGAGUGCCCGCGCCCGACAUGCUACCGCAGCUACAAGAGUGAGAAGGAGGUCGACCCUCCUUGUGAGAGAGAAGGAUGCAGUGGCACAUACAGACUGCUGCGCCACGUCUCCUUUGUCGAUUGCCCUGGUCACGAUAUUCUCAUGAGCACCAUGUUGUCAGGUGCCGCCGUCAUGGACGCCGCCCUGCUCCUGAUUGCUGGCAACGAAACCGUUCCUCAGCCCCAGACUUCAGAACACUUGGCUGCUAUUGAGAUCAUGAAGCUCGACAAGAUCAUCAUCCUGCAGAACAAGGUCGAUCUGAUGCGCGAGGAGGCGGCCCAGCAACACUACCAGUCCAUUCUCAAGUUCGUUAGGGGCACACCUGCCGCCAAGUCGCCCAUCAUCCCCAUCUCUGCCCAGCUGAAGUUCAACAUUGAUGCUAUCAACGAGGCCAUUGUCAACACCAUCCCUGUCCCUCCCAGGGACUUCACCCAAGAGCCCCACAUGAUGGUUAUCCGUUCUUUCGACGUCAACAAGCCCGGUGCGGAGAUUGACGAGCUCAAGGGUGGUGUUGCUGGUGGUUCGAUUCUGCACGGUGUCCUCAAGCUCGGUGACGAGAUUGAGAUCAGGCCAGGUAUCGUCACCCGUGACGAGAAGGGUGCUCUCAAGUGCAAGCCCAUCUGCAGCAGAAUCGUGUCGCUCAACUCCGAGUUCAAUGACCUCAAGUACGCCGUGCCUGGUGGUCUGAUCGGUGUCGGUACCCGGAUCGACCCUACUCUCUGCCGUGCCGAUCGCCUCGUCGGUUUCGUGCUUGGUCUCAAGGGACGCCUUCCCGCCAUCUACAGCGAGAUCGAAGUCAACUUCUACCUGCUCAAGCGCCUUCUCGGUGUCAGGACCGCGGAUGGCAAGCAGGCCAAGGUCGCCAAGCUGGCCAAGAACGAAGUCCUCAUGGUCAACAUUGGCUCCACAUCAACAGGUGCCAAGGUCGCGGCCAUCAAGCAGGAUGCCGCCAAGCUGGUCCUCACCUCGCCGGCUUGCACGAACCUGGGCGAGAAGAUUGCUCUUUCCAGACGUAUUGAGAAGCACUGGCGUCUGAUUGGAUGGGCCACCAUCACAGCGUAA